AUGCAGAUCUUCGUGAAGACCCUCACGGGCAAGACUAUCACCCUUGAGGUGGAGUCGAGCGACACCAUCGACAAUGUGAAGUCCAAGAUCCAGGACAAGGAGGGCAUCCCCCCUGACCAACAACGCCUGAUUUUCGCCGGCAAGCAGCUCGAGGAUGGUCGGACUUUGUCCGACUACAACAUCCAGAAGGAGAGCACCCUCCAUCUUGUGCUCCGCCUGCGUGGUGGUGGCAAGAAGAGGAAGAAGAAGGUCUACACCACCCCCAAGAAGAUCAAGCACAAGCGGAAGAAGACCAAGCUCGCUGUCCUCAAGUACUACAAGGUGGACGGUGAUGGCAAGAUUGAGCGCCUCCGCCGCGAGUGCCCUAGCGAGACCUGCGGCGCCGGUGUCUUCAUGGCUGCGAUGCAGGACCGCCAGUACUGUGGCCGGUGCCACCUUACCUACGUCUUCGAGAAGAGCUCCUAA